AUGGAAGUUAAAGAAAAGUCAUUCAAAAGGUUGCUCACUUGCUAUCCUGGUGACAAAGCUGCUUUCACCUUGAGGAUCACACAAUAUGCAGACCUGGAAAAGCCCAGAGGACCCUUGGGAAGCUGUGAUGAGGAAGUGACACCAGAUGAUAUGUGGCUGCCUGGCUCUCCAAAAGAAUAUAAACAGGAACCGGAAAUUAAGGAGAAUACUCCUACUAAUGAGAAAAAUGGCAAUUAUUUUAAAGAUAUAAAACAAUAUGUGUUCACAACGCAAAAUCCAAAUGGCAGCCAGUCUGAAAUAUCUGUGAGAGCAACAACUGAUUUGCAAUUUGCUCUAAGAAACUAUAAACUCAUCAAUGAAACAACUAUAUCACAUACUGGAAAAAGCAGUAGUGAAGAAAAUCCUACAGAACCCUAUGGGAAAAAAAAUCAAAAACCAACCAAGGGUCCAAAUGAGCCUGCAUUUUGGACAAUGUUAGCUAAAGCCUUAAAUGCAACACCAACAGUUGAGGAGAUUGAAGAAAAAGAUCAAUUAUUUCGCCCAAUUCCAAACUCUGAUUUGAAUGCUACAAAUGAAGACACCCUGACCAAGCUACAGGAAAUCAAGUUAAAAUUAAUGCUGGGCAUCUCAUUGAUGACCCUCUUCCUUUUUGUUAUCCUCUUGGCAGUCUGUAGUGCCAUGCUGUACAAAGUGAAGACAAUUAAUUAUAAAAGUAGACAUCAGACUGAAUACACCGUCAACCCAGAGCUGGCAACUUUGUCUUAUUUUCAUCCAUCAGAAGGCAUAUCAGACACAUCAUUUUCUAAGAGUGCUGAGAGCAGCACGUUUUGGGGCACCACUUCUUCAGAAGUGAGAAGAACAGAGACACAGUCAAAAUCUAGAACGACGGACAUUGUUUCCACAGCCUCAGAUGAUACAGGCGGGAAUGAGGAGUCAGAUUUAAUUCAGAGUGAGGAACCAAGCGAAGAAACACCCACUGAUGAAUAGACGACUUUAAGUUUUUGUCAGAAAAGAAGUUUCUUUGUGACUCCAUUAAGGUCAUGAUUUGGAAACUCUGCUGAGAAACUUAAAUUUUCUGGUGCCUGAAAAGGAGGACAUAUUCAAUAAAAUUAUCUCAGCCAUAAAAAUUAUAUAAUGGAAAAAAUACAAGAAAAUAAUUUAAGGUGUGGAAAACUCAUCCAGUAAAAAUAAUC